AUGGCGGGAUCGUCGAGCGCGGCGCGGCCGUGCAAGCGGUCGAAGCUGAUCCUGUUUGAGCACCGGCUGCCGCGCGACGGGCACGUGUGGCUCAAGUACGGCCAGAAGGAACUAUCAGGAGGCACGCACACCAGGCACUACUUCCGCUGUGCGCACCGCGUGGGCGACGAGCAGUGCGAUGCGAAGCGCGUGGUGGACUUCAACAAGAUUUCGCCCGCGAGCGACCUCGCCAUCUCGUACAGCGGCUGGCACCUGCACGCGCCGCCCGCCACCAUCAUGAUGGGCAUGCACCCCGCCGCGCUCCCCUCGCCGCACCCCGCUGCUGAUGCGUCGCCUGUUGGCGGCGGCAGCGGGUGGGCAGGCGCGUCGCUGGGCGGCGAGCAGCGGCGUUCCGCGGAGCGGGACUGUGUAGCGGAGAGUGGCGGAUGGGCGGAGGAGGCGGGCGUCCCCCAGGCGAUGGGCUCUGCUGCGGAAGUGUCAGGGGGCGUGGCGGCAGCAGGUGCGACUGCUGCCAGUGCUGGGUGGAGGGGUGCUUCGGAUCAGGCCACCGCCACUGCUGCUGGGCUAGCGGCUCAGUGGCACGAAAGGCAGCAGGAGGAGAAGAUGAGGGGGGCGGCGGCGGGGUCAGCUGCAGCUGCAGCAGGAAGAGGGGGCGGAGGAGGAAGCGGUGACUUUAUGGGGCCGCAGCAGGGUGCGGAUCGGUUGGGGGCGAGUGGAGCGCAGCAGCCCAUGCUCGUGCUUGCUCCCGCCCCCCAUCCGCCGUCCGCGUCCGCCUCUGCGUCUCCCCCGCCCCCCAGCAGCAGCGCUGGGUGGCAGCACCCCGCCUCGGAUUCCGCCCCCGUCACCCCUCAGGGCCCCGCUGCGUGCGGCUUGCCAUGGGCCGCGGACGAGGCGUGCGCGGGACGCGUGGAAGUGCACGCAGCCGUGAGCGCUGUAGCGUCAGCCCCGCCUGCAGUGGCCCGUCUGAGGCGCGCGGAUGCACGGCUGUCCGCGGACGACCUGCAUUCCAUGGCCGCGCAUGCCGCCCACUGGGACCCCCGUCCGCCCGUGGCACAGCCUGCGCAUGACGCAGUACCCCUGGAGUUGCCGCUUUCUGCUCCCGCUGCCCUCACCUCCCCCCUCGCAGGCCCCUCGGACCCUCUCCCCUUCACAACACUCGCCUUCUCUCAACCCACCGUUGCUCCCGUGCACUUCACGCCCUCCUUCCCCCCGCCCCCUCCGCUCCCCCCGCUCCCCCCGCUUCCCCCCCACUCCUCCCUCCCGCCUCUCACGGGCGGAGACGCCCCCACCGACCCAGCCGCCAUGCCUGAUUGGCUGCGGCGCCUGCAGCGCUGCCGCAGCAGCGUGGCGUGGCAGCUUUCGCAGGGGGAGGGGGAGGGAGAGGGGCAGGGGCUGGCGCAGGGGGAGGGGGAGGGGGAGGGCGGGCCGAGGCGGAUCCUGAUCUCGGAGAACAGCUUUGGCGCGCUGGUGGUGACCAAUGUGCUCACAGGGAGUGCAGGCGCGGGGGUGUGCGUGGGCAGCGGGAAGGAGGGCGCAGGUGAGAGUGGCGGAGCUGUGGUGGGAGGGGUGGCAGGCGGGAAUGCAGCUGUGAUGGCGGGAGGGGUUGGGGCAGAGAUGGGAGGAGGGUGGGCGGGAGAGACAGUGGGGGAGAGUCAGGUGGGGGCAGGGGCGGCGAGGCAGGAGGAGCAGCAGGGGGAGAAGCAGGAGCAGGUGGUGUGGGGGGGGGAGGGUGGCGGGGUGGGGCGGGGGAGGAAGGCGUCGUUUGAUGCAGAACAGCUCUUCUCCCUGCUGCACAGCCUGCCCGCUCUCGACUGCCCCAUGCCUGAGUGA